AUCGCAUCGAAUUGCAGUUUGAGUUCGACUAUUAAAUGCUUAAACCAAAAAAGGAGGCGUAAAUUGUUAUAGGUAUAUGUACUUUAUGUAGAUUUAUUAAGGGAUACGUGGCAGCAUCAGAAGCUACAACUAUGGCUAUUGGCUGUUUCAAUUGCUUCAAUCGCGAUGGUUACCAGCUUAUUGGCACCUCAGGUCCGCGAUUUGGUGUACGUCACCUGCAGUGCAUACUUGCAUUUUUUGGCCUAGCCGUGGCAUAUUCGUUACGCGUCAACCUCUCUGUGGCCAUUGUGGCUAUGACAGAUCGUAACGCAAGUAACCCUAACUUUCCGGAAUUUGAUUGGGAUGAGAGCGUUAAGUCCUACUUGUUAAGCAGCUUCUUUUGGGGCUACGUAGUGACACAAGUGCCUGGUGGAUAUUUGUCUGCAAUCUAUGGUGCCAAGUACAUGCUCUUCUGGGGUCUGAUUAUCUGUUCCUGUUUGGCGUUACUUACGCCUUUCUGUGCUAUGAUAGGCGACUGGCAGCUGUUAGUUUUUCUGCGCGCCGUACAGGGUCUAUGUCAGGGAGUUAUCUUUCCCUCCAUGCAUACUUUUCUCUCUAAAUGGGCUCCUGUCGAGGAACGCGGUCGUUUAGUUGGCUACUGUUAUUCGGGAUCGCAAUUUGGAACGGUUGUCAUGCUGUCUAUUAGUGGAUAUAUCGCCUCCUCACUGGGUUGGCCCAGCAUAUUUUACGUAUCCGGUUGCUUUGGUAUCUUGUGGUCAGUUUUGUGGUUUUACUACAGCGCCAGUAUUCCAGCACAGCAUCCUACUAUCACGCAUAAUGAACGCUUUUACAUUGAGUCUUCGUCCUCGUCAAAUACAAAUCGUGAUUCAGCGAUCCAGCUCACAACGCCCUGGCGGCGCAUAUUUACUUCAGCUCCGGUGCUAGUGCUUGUUGUCAGCCACUGCACCAAUAACUGGGGAUUCUGGACGCUGCUCACCGAAAUACCGACCUUCUUGAAAAGCGUGCUGGGCAUGGAUAUUCGUCACAAUGGACCCUUGUCGGCGUUACCAUAUCUGACCAUGUGUCUACUUACCUACGUCUUUAUCUGGCUAUCGGAUUUACUCAAGCAACGCAACACAGCCCUACCACUCAAUUAUUCGCGAAAAAUCUUCAAUACACUUGGUAUGUGGCUGCCCGCACUUGCGCUACUCGGCCUGGGCUAUAUUACAGCCGGAGGCGAUAAUGCCAAGGUGGCCAUCGCGCUGCUCACUAUAGCCGUGGCCACCAAUUCAGCGACCUAUCUGGGCUUCCAUGUCAACCACAUUGAUUUAUCCCCCAACUUUGCGGGUACGUUAAUGGGGAUAAGCAAUUGCGCGGCCAAUGUAAUGAGCAUAUUAGCUCCACUCAGCGUUGGAGUCUUUGUCACUGAUGAGACUAAUCCUGUACAGUGGCGAAUCGUAUUCUUCUUCAGCGCUUUUAUGUACUUUUUUGGCAGUAUGUUGUUUAUACUAUUUGGGCGGACUGAUGUUCAAUCCUGGAAUACGCCAUCACAGCAGCAGCAAACAAGAACAUCUAUAUCAGAGAAUUUGGCGCAAGAAAAUAGUGAGGAACCAACAGAACGCGCGCCACUGUAUCAGGAUGCGUAAGUGAUUUAAAGCACAAAGAACACUGUGAUUAAGGCAAUUGAAUCGUGUACCUAAGUAACUGAGAGACAUUCCAAGGAAUUGAUUGAGUGCUAUCUUUACAAAUGCUUUAUAAAUAUUAAAGUAUAUAAAAUAUAUAUAUACUACUGAUGGAAAUACACAUGACAAAAAAAUAUAUAUAUGUAUACAUGAAAGGUACAGUCUAUGUAUGUACCUUAUAAUUAAGUUCAAACUAGUACCUUGCAUAAUUUAUUCCCAAUGUAGCAGCAUAUUAUUUGAAAUAUCAUCGAAUUUAUUGUUAAUUUGAAUAAGUUAUUUGUUUUUAAUUUUAAAACCGCCUACGAAAGUACCACAGCGGUUACUUAUUGUUUCUGUCUUUUGUAGAACCUAAUUAAAAAAAGCUUCGUCAUUCGAUAUAUAUUUUUAAUUUA